UUUUUCUCUUCAAGCACAGAUCUGCUCCGGGGACUGUUAUCGCGGUUCUUAUCAAUAUUCCGGAGAACCGCCUCCUCUAGUUUUCACGCGACACUCCUCUCACUUGCGGCUCCCGACUGCGCUGGGUUCAUCUUAUCCCAGCAACACGGUCAAAAGGUUCUACGACUGUAAUCGCGUUGCUCGCUAAGUGACACUUCCCAACGACUUCCCGUAGUACACUUGCGUUGUUUAUUGAGGAACGCGUCUGAACUAGUUCACUCCUACUGUGAUUUUAAGAUAUUAUCCCAGCACCACGGCCUAGGUGACCCGCUAGUUUACUUGCGUUGUUCGCCGAGGGCCACGUUCCAGCUACGUCACUACCACUGUGGUCUCAAGAUUUCAUUCAUUAAGGCCUAAAAGACUCACUAGUAUACUUAAGUGUUUCGUUGAGAAACAGGUCUGAACUAGUUCACUUCUACUGUGGCUUCAAGGUUGUAUCCUAUAGUACCUUCCUACGGUUCCAAGAUGGUUCCUGGUACAAGGAUGACCCUCGUCUUGACCUCUCUCCUUCUCCUGAUCUUGAAAGUCCAGUGUCUGGACAAUGGCCUUGCCAGAACACCACCCAUGGGCUGGUUGACGUGGACAAGGUUCCUCUGCAACGUCGAUAUCAUCAACGAUUACGACAACGCUAUCACAGGUGAACUCCUCAUGCAAAUGGCAGAUAGAAUGGUCUACGACGGCUACAAGGACGCGGGAUACGAGUACGUCAUCGUCGACGACUGCUGGUCUUACUUCUCGAGGGACUCCGCCGGCAAGCUCUUCCCGCACCCGCAUCGUUUUCCCAGGGGCAUGAAAUACGUGGCGGACUACGUCCACUCAAAGGGCCUCAAGUUCGGCAUCUACGCCGACGUGGGCACGCAGACGUGUGCCGGUUAUGCGGGCAGCCUCGGCAACUACAGUGUGGAUGCGCAGACUUUCGCCGACUGGGGCGUCGACUACGUCAAGGUGGACGGUUGCAACGUGGACCCCGCAAAGAUGGACAAGCUGUAUCCGGAAUUCGGAGAGGCGAUCCUGGCCACGGGGAGGCCCAUGGUUUACUCGUGCGAAUGGCCCCUCUACCAGUUGAGCGUCGGCAUCGAGCCAAACUACACAAGGAUCGCCGCCACGUGCAACCUGUGGAGGAAUUACGCCGACAUCACUUACGCCUGGAACCAGAUCUACAGCACGGUGGAAUUCCAAGCCAGGCAUCAGGACAUUCUGACUAAGGUGUCCGGACCCGGCGCGUGGACGGAUCCUGACAUGGUUGUCAUCGGCAACUAUGGGCUCGACGUGGCGCUGCAGCGUACGCACAUGGCCUACUGGGCCAUCAUGGCGUCUCCAUUGCUCAUGUCCAACGAUCUGCGGCACAUAAGCGAGGAGUCUAAGGCCAUCCUCCUGAACAAGCAUGUCAUCGCUGUCAAUCAGGACAAGCUCGGAAUCAUGGGAAAACGAAUAUCGAAGGUGAAAGGCGUCGACAUGUGGUCUCGAUGGAUCGGCCCGAGGCUGCCGAACGGCAAGGCGUCGAUGGCCGUCGUGGUGCACAACAGUAACCUCCAGGGAAGCCCCAUGAAGACGGUCAUCUUCAUCUCUGACCUGGGAUUGGACAAUCCUAGGGGAUACGUGCUCUCGGACCUGUUCAACAACAACGCUACCAUAGGCCUCUUCUACCCUGGCAUGAACCUGACGGUCGCCGUGCCGCCCAUGGACGUCUUGAUGUUCAAGGCAACCAUCACCGAUCGAUGAGCUGUUGCAGGUUGAGGAAGACUGACGUGGUUUUCUCACCUUACAAACAAUAAACCCUAAAAUGUGUACAUUCACGAUUCAGAUAAAAAUGGUUUUAAAGAAUA